UUAAGCCGUGCCCACUAAUAAUUUGGAGGCGUGUUAUUAGUACGAGUAAGUGAGAGGCUCUCUACUCUAAAUUUAAUGGGCGUGUUCGGUUUUCGGCCCGAAAUACCUGAUUCAGUGCCCAUAUAGAAUAAAUUAAUUAAUUUUUAACAGUAUUUUGGCUUAACGACGCGCGUUAUGUUCAAGGGCGAAAUUUUUAAAAAGAAGUAAUCACUUUGCAGCAACGUCAAACGCUAGCCUAAUCUGAAUUAGAGUGUAUUUCAAGACCAAAUUUUUGUAUUGUCUGGAACUUUUCUUGCCGAAACUGGUAUUGUUCCGGUAUUGUUUCUGAAAGAAAUAUUUAAAAUUUUCUUGUCUUGUAUUGUUUUUCAAACCUUCUUGUUUUGGUAUUGCUUUUCUGACAAAAAAAUCUUGUUUCGGUAUUGUUUUUUUUUUAAAUUCUUGUUUUUGGGAUUUAUUCUGGAAGACAUAUUUUUUAAGUUGUAUAUUAUCAAAUCUUACUUUAGCAUUUUAAUAAAAUUGUCGUUUUGCUUGAUUAAAUAUAUUCUAAAACUGAAACUAGAGAGGGGACCAUGGACAGGGAUUACAGGAUUCCCGUCCCGUCCCUGAGGGACGCGGGUUGAAUUUUUUAUUUCAAGACGGGUGGGGCGGGACAGGGACAAUCUUCAGCGGGACGAGGGACACUUUUAUCGGCAGCAAUGGCAAAGUGCAGCAUUAAAAGCCUAAAGAUUCUCACUUUGUUAGAAGAAUUUUUCUAUGAAAAUUUCUCUACCACCAUAAAGAAUUCAGGAAAAAACAAUAUUCUUGUAUUGCCUUUUCCAGUAUUGUUUGGUAUUGUUCUGGUAUUGAAUUUAGAAAAAAAUCCGGCAAAACAAGAACAAUACCGGAAAUCCCGGUAUUAUUUUUCGGUCUUGUUCUUGAAAUACACUCUAAUCUGAAUAUAGAGCAAAAGAGAGAAAUUUUCUAAAAUAUAUUGAGAUAAGGACUCCACAGCAAAGGCAACCGUUUUAGAAGAGAAAAAUUACUAGCGAAAGAAUUAAACAUGUAAUUUUGAUAGGCGAAUUCUCGUUCCUUCUAAAAACAGCAAAACGCAUGCUCUGCAAACGUGCUCUAAAAAAAUGAUUUCAUUCUAUCUCACCUCUAUAGCCAUCUGGUAUUCCCUCUGUUUUAUACUUGAUUUAAUAUUUGCAGAUUAGAAAAUGAAAGUCAAAGCCAAAAGCGUUACCAAAUCAACUCGUCGGAAUGCCUCGUUGGCCAAAAAGAGAGCACCCGCAAAAGUGAGCGCUGCGAGAUCCUCAGUUAGCUCAGAUGAUUCUAAUGAUGUAAUCGAUGUAGAAGGAUAUGGGGCUGACAAACGAGACCAUCACAAGCUCGAGAGGGUCAGAAGAGAUGAACUGAAAGGCAAAUUUGAGGGCCUGAUCGAAGUUUGUCCUGCCCUGAUGGGUAUAAACUUUGACAACUGUCAUCGUAGUGACAUCCUUAGUGAAUCCGCGGCCUUCAUCGAAAAGUGGAGCAGAUAUUUUGACCCAAGCGAUGAAGGAGUGCAAGUUUACGAUGCGAAAUUGAAAUUCAUGAACGAUUAUUGCGAAGAGAUGGAAAAUGUCGUAAGGACCGGCAUAGUGACCGAAACCUAUGAACAAAUGAAAGAGCACUUUGAGAAAAACAAGGAAAAAUAUUCUAUAUUUUACACAAGAGUCUUUUGCAACCAAACUUUGCAAGGGACUGGAAGGGACGACGAAUCCCCUUUCCCUUCCAGAGGAUGUGGAUGAACAGAUUGAUGAUGGAGGUGUCUAUGUUGGUGAAGACGACUUAGAAGAUGAUGAAGACACCGAAGAAAAUGAUGAAGUCUCAAAUGAAGAGGAUAACAAAGAUGAAUAUUCUGAUACAACGGAGGAGAACAAGACAGAAGAAAAUGGAGAGGAUGAAGAUCAGGAUAUGAGUGAAGAGACUGAGGAAGGUGCAGAGUUUUUUGAUGACGAAAACCAAGAGGAUUCUCCUGAUCAGCAGAAUUAUCAGGAAACCUACGAUGAUGAUGAAAACGAAGAAGUCAAUGAGUUUAAUCUGAUUCAAUUGAACGACUCUCUCUUAGGAUAUUUAACUUAAAUUCCAUCACUAAUUUAUAGAGAUAGAAAAGGUGAAUGAAGAGGAAGAUCUAUUUUGAAGAUUAUGAUAAAAGGAUGAUGAAGAUCCAUGUAUUGUACAAGUUAAAUGAGAUUUUAUCUCACUCGUUCCUAUGUUUUUAAAUUCUACCACUCAAUGCUUCAUUUGAUGUUCCUAUAAAAUUUAAUUUUAGUAAUCUUUAGUUGAUUAAGUUACCAAUUUAAAAUGAAUUUUACAAGGCUGAACUCUGUACCAUAAUAUGUAUACGCGCACAUGCAAACGCAAAUAAAGUACAAAAGUCCAAAAUUUGGAGCAAUCUUACAUUCUGAAAAAUCAGGCUUUAUUUAUAUAGUGAUCUUUGUCUACCGCAUUGGAUAGAAAUACAUAUCUGGAAAAUAUUUGAGUUGCAGCAAUUUGGAAUUUGCUACAGUUAGGUGAAGACUCGAAAUGGCCUCUUCGGAAAAUUCUUUUUUCGAAUAAUACA